AUGCACCUUCAAAGAAAGUUUUUGAACUUUGAUAUAACUGGAGUGCUUGGCUCGGGAAGCUAUGGAGAUGUAUUAUCGGCCGUUGACAAAAUUACCGGGAUGGAUGUGGCCAUAAAAUUUGCCAAAAAGGAUGUGGACCAAUGGAAGAAUAGUUUUGAACCGAAGAUACAAUUGAUCCUAGACCAUGAAAACAUAUGCAAGCUUUAUGGAUGUAUCAGCACAUCGAGAAACCUGGUACUGGUUCUAGAGUUAGUGAGAGGAAUUGAUCUUCACAAGUAUAUAAGAAGAAACGGGAGACUGAGCGAGACACAUGCAAGGUCUCUGUUUGUCCAGAUGUUGUAUGGAGUGGAUUAUCUCCACAGCCACUCUAUUGUGCAUCGAGACUUAAAGCUAGAAAAUAUCAUGAUCAGUGGGGAGUCGGUCAAGAUAUGUGAUUUUGGGCUUUCGGCAUUCUACGACAGAUCUUCCGUGCUAAAGGAUUACUGCGGAACUCCCCAAUGCGCACCUCCAGAAAUCAUGAGGGGAAUCCCAUACGUUGGCCCUGAGGUUGAUAUUUGGUGUCUAGGUGUGAUUCUCUAUGCAAUGGUCCAUGGAAGACUGCCUUUUGAAGAUGCGGACAUAAGUCUCAUGGGGAGGAAUGCAAUUUUGUCGAAGAUGAAGAUUGAUGGGUCUCUGUCCGAUGAAUUAAAGGACCUAAUAAGAAGGAUUAUAGAACCUGACAGGUCCAUGAGAAUAGAAAUAGAUCAGAUAAUGAAGCAUCCUUGGAUAAAUGUUACAAGAGAGGAUCACAGAAAAAGGAUAAUUUUUAUUGACGGCAAAGUUAUCGAAAGGCUGAUUGAAAUAGGAUUCAGAAAAGAAGAUGUUCUCAAUAAUAUCACAGACAAAAACUCCAGAGAGUACUCGGCCUACUGCUUGGUUAACAGAAAGUUAUUGUCGGGAAACCUCCUCCUUGUCCCUGGAGAAGUCUGUCUUUGCCGUCCUUACAGCAUUGUCGACCUCAGCUUUAUGGUUGAUGAAAAAGCGGCCCAGACCCACCAAAGGAGGACAUGGAGACAUGAAAUACUCCGUGGAAUGAAGCCUAUAAGGGGGGGAUGCUUUCUACCUUUUCUAUGGAACAGAAGAAAAAUGUAUGCUGUGAAGAGGGACAUAAAUUUGAGUUUGGAGAUGUCUAGAAUCCUCAUUGAACGUUCCCUGUCGGCAUUUCCAAAAGUAACCUUUAGAAAGAAGUCUGGAUAUACCGUCCAUCAUUCCAAUGGACUAUUGGUGAAGAUAGAGCUUUCCGAGAAGAUUCCAUUUACUACAUGCACUCUCACGCUUGCAGAGGGAAGUAAGAUCGAGUUUAUCGACUUUGUGGUGAACUUCAUUCUAUUUGUUAGUCAAGACGGAGAAAAAGACGCGGCCAUAAACUGGAAAGGACAGGUGUUUAGAGAUUAA